AUGGCCGAUUCAGGAUCCACAAACCCAACGGCGUCAACUAACGGCGACGCAACUCCACCUUCCAAAAUAGCAUUGAUUACCGGAAUCACCGGCCAAGACGGAUCAUACCUAACGGAAUUUCUCCUCAACAAAGGCUACGAAGUUCACGGCUUAAUCCGUCGUUCUUCCAAUUUCAACACGCAACGAAUCGAUCAUAUUUAUGUAGAUCCACACAACGCUCACAAAGCUCGAAUGAAACUUCACUACGCUGAUCUCUCCGACGCUUCUUCUCUCCGUCGCUGGCUUGAUAUAAUCCUCCCCGACGAAGUUUACAAUCUCGCCGCUCAAUCUCAUGUUGCUGUUUCUUUCGAGAUCCCUGAUUACACCGCUGACGUUGUUGCCACCGGUGCUCUCCGUUUACUCGAAGCCGUUCGAUCUCACAUCGACGCAUCUGGUAGAUCUCACAUUCGGUACUAUCAAGCCGGAUCUUCUGAGAUGUUUGGAUCAACUCCACCGCCGCAAUCGGAAACAACUCCGUUUCAUCCUCGUUCACCUUACGCCGCUUCGAAAGUCGCUGCGCAUUGGUACACUGUUAACUACCGUGAAGCGUAUGGAAUCUACGCUUGUAACGGAAUUCUCUUCAAUCACGAAUCUCCACGACGAGGAGAGAAUUUCGUGACGAGGAAGAUUACUCGCGCUGUUGGUAGGAUCAAGAUCGGGCUUCAGAGUAAACUUUUUCUUGGAAACCUUCAAGCAUCGAGAGAUUGGGGAUUUGCUGGUGAUUAUGUGGAAGCAAUGUGGCUAAUGCUGCAACAAGAGAAGCCUGAUGAUUAUGUUGUUGCGACGGAAGAUUCACAUACGGUGGAAGAGUUUUUGCAAGUUGCUUUUGGUUAUGUUGGUUUGAAUUGGAAGGAUCAUGUUGUUAUUGAUAAGAGGUAUUUUCGUCCUACUGAAGUUGAUAAUCUUAAAGGUGAUGCUACUAAAGCUAAGAAAGUUCUUGGAUGGAAACCUAAGGUUAGUUUUGAAGAGCUUGUUAGAAUGAUGGUUGAUAAUGAUGUUGAAAUGGCUAAGAAGGAGAAAGUGCUUGUUGAUGCUGGUUACAUUGAUGCUCAACAACAACCUUGA